ACUUCACGUGCUUAUCAGUCACACCUCAUCCCAAUGGCCUCAGACGAGUCACCAGAGUCUCUCUUUCCCGUCCAGCGUCGCAAAGGAAUUUUCGAUUACGUCGAAAAGAGAGACGUGGUCGGUCUGCGACGCGAACUGGCGGGACUUCGCAGCUUUUCGAGAGCUCGGUUGCUUGCCGAGCGACGAAACGGAAAGACGGCGUUACACAGAGCAGCGGAAAUGGACAGUGUCGAAGUUUUAGAGGCGCUUAUUGAAGCAGGAGGAGACUGUAAUGCUGUGUCUGGCGCUGAACAUGGUUCACAGACUGCUUUGCAUUUUGCUGUUGCACACGGUUCCCAGCAGUGUGUGAUAGACCUCCUGAAGUACGGAGCAGAUUUUAAUGCUUGCAACUCAAAAGGAGAGACUCCUGAAAACGUUGCCACUAGAUCUGGUCAAGUUAAGUGUUACAAGGCAAUACGCAGUUGUAAGCAGCGACUGGAGGAGAACACGAAGGUGGCUAAGACACUGUCAGAUAGAUUUUCUCGAGCAAAGUGUGUCGAUGAUUUUAGAAAAUUGUUUCAUGAGUUUAGAGAAAGCCAAGUUCGUGACUUGGUCAGGAAAGACUCCUCGCUGCUCAUACGCGCAUGUCAACAAGGAAUGGUCCCUGAAGUAAAAUGGCUAAUUGAGAAACGGUUCUUGCCAUUUCCAAACAAGGAGGAUGAAGACUCCGCUUUGCUUGCCGUUUGUCACAAUUCAGGCAAUGAUGAGCAGCAACUUGUUAUUGUCCAGAUGUUGUUAGAAGCUCAUCCCACAUUAUUGGAUUUGGAACAUGCGGGAGCGAACAGAAAUAAGGCAUUGUGUUAUGCAGUGGCUGCUGGUAACUGUAAAGUUGUCUGUUUCUUGCUGGAAUGCUACAAAGCUAUUGGACGACGUUUUAAUGGUGACACAUUAGUCUCAAGUAAGGUCAACGACAUCGCAACAUUAUAUGUGAAACAGUGUGCUGUGGAACACCUUGACAUUGAUGAUGUCAUUUUGCCAGAUAUUGCAGAAGACUCUGUGCUUCAUGUUGCAUGCCAGUUACGUGAUACGUUGCAGAAACAGCUUGCUAUUGUACAAAUGCUGGUCAAAGAUUAUCCCAAGCUGCUCGUUUCUAAAGCACAAGAUGGUAGCAUGCCACUCCAUGAUGCGGCUGCUACAGGUAAUGACAAAAUAGUUCGUUUUUUGCUUCAAUGUUAUACAGCAAUAUGGCUGAGUUGCAACGGUCUUGAUUGUGUUAGCAUCAAAAGUGACAUUAUUGCUGUUGACCGAGUUGAUUAUGAUCCACAGCUGCUUGAUAUCAAUGAACAAAGAUUUUCUGGGCAUACUGCACUUCAUUUGGCUGUAUUGAACCAACAUGAGAAUGUGGUGCGAACAAUGUUGGAUUUUUCAAGAGAAAUAUCGAGAAUUCUUGAACAGGAAAUGAGCAAUGAACUGAGAACAGGAAUCUCUAACCAUUUGAUGAUCGAUUUUACUGUAGUUGAUGGCACAGAAAGAACUGUGUUGAUGCAAGCUGCAGAGGAGAACAGACAUCUCAUUCUUGAUCUUAUCUUUGAUAAGUCUUCGUACUUUAGAGAGACAGUGUGUAACGUAUGCAGUGACCCUGCUAUCUCUCACAACACAGUGCGUGGCCUUCUAACUGCUGCCGUAGAGCAUGGCUACAUGGAAACAACGAAAGUUUUGCUAAAACACAACCAGUGUGCUGACAUGACCGAAGCUUUAGCUGCAGCUUUCAAGUACAAACGAGAAGACAUAGUUGCUUUGCUUCUCUUCAGGUUAGUUGGCGAUUGUUGUGAUUUAGAAACCGCCGAGCCAAAUGAGAUUAACUGGCAAGGACGGAACCUUCCACAUAUCACACGCCAGUGGCUCAUCCAAGCGGCUGAGCAGCUUCGUGACAUGCAAGGAAUUACACCACCAGUCGGAGUGGAUGUCACUCUAGCAUCCCUUUCUUGUGUCACUUAUCUUGAUUUGUCUCAAAAUCAACUGACUACGGUUCCGGUUGAAAUCUUUUUUAUGACAGAGAUGACUACGCUGAGCCUUGCAAACAACAAGUUGACGUACCUUUAUGAUACGAAAGCCAUCUUAUCAUGCAGUCAUUUAUCGAAAGAAGAAGAUCCGUGGAUCACGGCUGGUGCCUCAAGGAAGGGAAUCCUUCCGUGUCAGAAGCUCUCCAAACUUAUUGUCAGUAAGAAUAAGCUAACCGAUUUACCAAGAGAGCUCUUUGAGCUUCCUAAUCUCCAAACGUUGUUUGCAUCAGCAAACAUGAUCGCCAAACUUCCUGAUAACGUUUGGUCAUCACACUCAUUGAGUGAACUUAAUCUAAUGAAAAAUAGCAUAACACGCCUGCCAGGUCCAUGCGGAGAUUACAUGACAAGCAUGAUGCCGACGACUCCUCCAACUCCUUCAAAUUUGCAUUUACGAGUGAGUGAGUUAGCUAAGAGCAAGGGUAUUAGAAAAGCGAGGUCAUUGACAGAUCUUGGUAACAAGAGCUGCAAUGAAAGGGAAAACAAGACACUUCGAUAUGUCAAAUCUGACAUGUUGAGGAAAACGGGUACAAGCAGUUCGAAUAUACAAAGCAACGGCAGUGACACAAGAUCAACUGUGUCACCAUCAUCAAGCAUUGAUGAGAGCGAUGAGAUUGCAGAGGAUGUGCUGCCUCCUGAUAUCUUCACAUCCACUUCAGGAUCUGGUGGUAGACAGGGGUCGUACCAAUUGCAAGCAAAACAGAAACAGUUGUUGCAAACACUUCCGGCGAAGAGUCUGGCGUCUCACCAUUUUUUGUCAACAGGAAGCGGAACACCGACGUUGGUUGUUGGUGACACAGUCCCAUCACAUGAACACGAUUCUGAUCCAUCACUGAAACAUCGGACACCUACUGUUGGAGCUUACAAUUACACGGUGAGUGAAAGCAUAGAUGAGACAGAUGCAGAUGGUGAACACGGUACGCACUGUAAAUCGUCAUCACUCACUGUCUUGAAUGUGUCUCACAACAAGCUAAUGAGUUUGCCUCUUGGUUUUCCGUGUCUUGCUCCAAACCUCAAGAGACUCAACAUUUCGUUCAACAAAUUUGAAGCAAUAGAUCCAGUUGCCAUGCUGCCCCAGUCAAUUGAAAAUUUGAAUGCAAAGUCAAAUUUUAUCCAAACGACACUAUGUGAGAGACGUACAACACCUACUUGCCUUGUCGAUGACAAAAUACCAUCUGGAGGCAGUUCCCAAUGUCGACAUCAGCGUCACGAUGUGCUGAUAAAUCUAGGUUUCUUACAGCUGAGAAACAAUCAGCUGUGUGACAUGGAACUAGUUCAAGUGAAGGAGGACAAAGACAGAGAUGGGACUGAAAACCGCAUGGUCAUCGCACUCUAUCCACAUCUACAUACUCUAGAACUCUGCAACAACAAACUCGUUGCUUUUCCACGUCACAUUUGUUAUCUGAAGGAGCUGAGAGUGCUGAAGGUGUCAGACAAUGCGAACAUUAAGAAGCUAUCACCUGAUCUCAUCUGUUUAAAUGAGCUCUUGACAUUGAGUCUGGAUGGACUUGAUCUUGUUGAUCUCCCACAAAGUGAGAUGAACAAAGGAGCAAAACGAAUCAUUAAUUUUCUUCGUCACCGUCAAGUCGGAGCACAACUCUAUCGCAGAAUGAAGCUAAUGGUUGUUGGAUUGGCAAAGAAAGGCAAGUCGACUCUCGUUCAUCGACUUGUCAACUAUGACAGUUUUAAGAGAAUCUUUCUCACAGACAGCAGACUGCGGGAGAAGACGACUACAGCAACUGUCGGCAUUGAGAUCAGUGAGAUUGUACUGAAACCGGGAAAAGGUUUAUACAGCAAAGAAGAUCCAAUAACAUUCGGGAUUUGGGAUUUUGCUGGCCACGAGGAAUACUAUGCCACACACCAGUGUUUCCUCACACAUCGGUCUAUUUAUCUUGUGCUGUGGAACUUGGCGGAUGGGGAGGAAGGCAUUGAGAGCUUAGCAUCUUGGCUGGCAAACAUUCAAGCGUGUGCGCCUGGAUCACCAGUGCUAAUUGUUGGUACACAUUUAGAUGUAAUAGAACGACGAUCUGAUGCUAGUGUGCACCUUCAAAUGCUGAUUGGUGAGCUGAGACGUCGAUACAAGUCUCCGAGUCGUAAUAGUUUCUCAAGUGUUGUUGGUCACAUUGAGGUGUCUCUGGUGAACAAGCUGAAAAACAUCAAAGUUUUGCGAACGAAGCUUUUUGAAAUUGCUUGUGAAAUGAGAGACGCUCGUGGAAGUUACUCGGAACGAACCAGUGGGAAGCCAAUGUUGCAGCAGAUGGUUCCAUCAAGCUACUUGUGGCUUGAAAAAACAGUGACAAAAUUGAAGUGUGAAUGGGACAAGAGUGGUAGACCUCCUGUUAUUAGCAACAAACAGUUUUUAGACCUUCUGAAAGACAAGAUUGAAAUUGAUGAAGGAGGCCCAGGGGCUAAACGUUUGGUUGAGAAUAGCGAGGAGCUUGACCAUGCUACCCAGUUUCUGCAUGAUAAUGGUGUUUUGCUGAACUACAAAGGUCGACUACUGAAGGAUCUCUAUUUUAUUGAUCCACAGUGGCUGUGUCGAAUGGCAUCUAAAGUAGUGGGUCUACAAGCAGCCAACCCUUGUGCCAAGAAUGGCAUCCUAAAUAUCAACAACUUACAGCAGCUGUUUCGGGGUAACGAGUUUCCUGCUCAUCUUCACAACGAAUACAUCGCGUUGCUGGAGAAAUUUGAAGUCGCCUUACGAAUUGACGGCGACCGGCUGCUUAUUCCAUCCAUCCUUCCUGUCAGUGCCAAUGAGGCUGUGUGUUUGUCUUGUGAGUCUUUGACCCUCUCUGAGUCAUUCGCUUCUUCAUCGUUUGAGUCAAUUUCCCAGAGUGGAGAAGUAAGACCACAAAGCUUUGUGGAGUCUCUAGACAAGACAGUUGAAGGUCAUCAGCCAGAACAACGGAAGAAUAGUCGUGUCACUUCUGGCAUUACAUUUGGUCGGCAACAAUCAAAAUUGUCAAACUCAAAUGCCUCAGGGAUGUCAUACAAUGUGUUGUCGUCUCCAGUUAAGAGGCUGCCUCGUAAGCUUUACCGGAUCUACGUAGUUCCAUUUCAUGUCAGUGGCUUUUGGCCUCGUCUAGUGUCUCGCAUAUUCACUGACAAAUCAAUUCAGCACACGAUGAAGAAACUGAUUGCAGACAGUGGUAUCAACGACGUCAACUCUGAUAUUAUUCAGUGGAGUUGCUGGCGGCAAGGAAUCAGUAUGAAAGUUUAUGGUGUCACCGUCUUGACUCUCGAAGGAUACCCCAUUAGUACUCUCCACCACCGAUGGAAUAAUAACAAGUCUGCUAGGGUCAUGUCGUUGGGCAAUAAUUCAAUUUCUAUCAAAAUAGAUGGGAAUGAUACGAAAAUUGACGGCGCCUGUUGCUUGGAAAUUGCUGUCUUUUCGUCUGCUCUCACCACACUGGUGAAGAAUCAGCAGCCAGCGACAUUUGCAAGAGAGUUUUCAAGAGAUCGAUCUCCAACAGCUGCAAGCCAGCUGCUCUCAGUCGAAAGCAUUAGAGUGACAACAGCACCAUUGCCUUUGAAGCGACAAGUUAGUCACGAGAGUCACUCAAGGCAACAAUUCGCACGCAUUCGAUCACAAGGAAGGAACCUCCAAAGACUUCAAUCACAAAACGAACGAAUAGCUAACAAAGACCUUUUGGCACGUAACCAGUGCUUCUCACAGAUGGCAGCUUUUCUUCUCAGUAAAGGAGCAUAUCAUGUUGACACGUUGCUGGGAGAUUGGUAUGAAGGGUUACAACCCGGUGCAUCGCACCAUUCCAACUCAACUGUGAGACGAAUUAUUCCCUGCCUCAACUGUGUAUCUGAUGUAAACAAGGAGCCUGUGUUUGACCCAAUGUCGAACGUUGUCUCGUCUGAUAGAAAGAAGAAAUUUGUACACAGUGAACGAAUUGGGAAUAGACGUGACAAAAACCUUGUAACCAUUGGUAGUCAAGUGAGCGUUGACAAUUGUCCAUCAUAUCGUUUCCAGAAGGAGAAAUCAAACACUUUUGAUGGGGAAACUAACUGGCAAAUUAUUGAGAUGCCUAAAGCUCAUUCAAGCUUUGAAAUUUCAGGAUUAGCCCAAAACAUGAGCGAUAGCUCAUGCAAUAUUAACUAUGUUUCUCUUUCGGCGUGCAUUUCUCACGUUUAUUUGGAGCAGCUGGCACCAGGUUCUCCUCAAUUGCCACAGCUCUGCCCUAGUCACGCCGAAGCAACGGUUGACUUGCUAGCACCUGAUGUUAUAUUUCAAGACUUGCCGUAUUCCCUGCGAGUUGAUAAGUCGUUGGUUGUGCAGGGCAAGCAGUUGGGUAAGGGUGGAUACGGUAAUGUAUUUCAGGGUUACAUGACGACGACGACAAAAAGCAAGCGACGUGACAGUCAUGACCUACGAGACGACAUUGCAAUUAAAACAUUUGACGAAGCUUUGAAAGACCGGCUCAGCAACGAAACGGAUGCCGAGAAAGCGACUCAACUAUACAACAUUGUUCGCGCUGAAAUAUCCGUCAUGUUGACUCUUCAUCACCCGAACGUGCUGCCUCUCUACGGCCUGUGCAUCAACCCACUGUGGAUGCUCACUCGUUAUGCACCAGGUGGCGACCUCAAGAACAUCACAGACGAAUAUCGUCAGUCAAAUUGCCAGAUAUUGCCGUACACUUUACGAGAGGUUCUUCGGCAGGUUGCAAGUGGCAUGCAGCACGUUCACCAGCAGAACAUCAUCUAUCGCGAUUUGAGGGUUGAUAACGUUCUGGUGUGGAAGUUUCCUCAGCCAGGUUGUGAUCAACCCAACCAAGUGCACGUGAAGGUUGCCGAUUACGGCAUUAGUCGAUUCAUUUCGUCGUUUGGUAUCAGACCAGGGAAGCUGGAAGGAAACCCAAACUACUUGGCACCUGAGAUUGUGCAACAUGCAGGACGAGAAGCGUAUUCUGUUGAGGCUGAUAUCUUUACAUACGGAUUGUUGAUCUACGAACUCUUAACUCUUGAAAAACCAUUUCAAGAUGUCAGUGCUGGUGUUAGUUUGAGAUACUUGAAAGGCAAAAGACCAAAAGUCUCAGUCAAAUACCGUCGAAAUUUUUUCACAGUUCACACAUUGAUGUGGUGGUGUUGGACACAAGAUCCAGCCCAACGACCUGAUUUCACUCAGGUGCUGCGAGUCUUGCAAUCAGAACUCUUUCUUCGACUCGUUCAUCACGUACGAGUCACUAAGAAGCUGACAAUCAUGACUGGGUGUAUAGCACCACGUCAGAUAAGCGAGGAGGAGGAGGACAUUUUGUUUUCUAGUGAUGAUCAACGCUAUUUGGAGGUUUGGCUGAGCAAUUCAAUUGGUCAGAUUAGCAUUGUGGAAUGUUUCAACAAGACAACUAAAGUUGAAGUUGCUUUGAAAUGCCCGUCUCGCGGCCAAGCAAUGUGCUGCGUGCAAAGCACAAUGUGGGUGGGCACUGAGAAACACGGACUGUUUGUCUACUCCAUAAAAUCACGCACACUACUACAACAGUGGCCAAUUACAUGUAACGAAGAAUUCGAUUCGAAUCCAUUUGCUGACCAGAAGAAAUUCCAAACUUGUCAAGCCAUUUUGGCAAUCAUUCAUAUCAAGGAUCUUGGGUGUGUCCUCGUAGCACAGGAUGACGGCACGCUGGUUGUAUUUCGCGAUGUCAUCAAUCACAGUUCUGAUCGUAGGACUUCAAGUAAUUUAUCAUUGUCACCCGUGUCUCAUUGCUCUCUUAGACUACGACUUGUAAUGCAACAUGAUUUGGGUGUUACAAUUGGACCAGUUCACUGUAUGGUCGCUAUACCUCAAGGAGAUGGAUUGAUUGAGGUGUGGGCUGGUCUUCAAAGCGGUCAAAUGGCAAUCCUAGAUAGUCAACGUCUGGUGGCUGGUGGAUCAUCACAAGAUGUCGUGAAGGGAACACUGAACACGAGAGACGAGGAAAAGCGAUCGGGUGAUUUUGUGAAAUGUUUGGUUACGAGUGAAUGUCAACGUGGCGACAACAUCGAUCAACAUAACAGGUACGUGUGGUGCUCGUCGCAUGGCAGUCGGUUUGUAUAUCAGUGGAAUGCGUCAACACAACAGAAAGUGGAACAAAUUGACUGUCACUCUAUUCUCAAAGAGACAACCUCAAGCACUAGAGACAGCAGAGUAACAUCCAUGCUCAUCCAUGCUGGCUGCUUGUUCAUUGGCACUGGUGGUGGCCACGUAAUCAUUGUCGACAUUCCUGUUAUGCGGACGCUUGCUACAAUGUUGCCUCAUGCAAGAGCCGUUCGUUGCUUGAUUCCUUUCGAACCUGACUUGCGACAGAGAGUGUCAUACCUUCUCAGUGCUGAGUACAGUUACAAACGGGAUGAGACAGCAACAUUAAUUGAAGCGGAUUCCGCAUCAGAAUACUCAACAUUAGACUUAACAAGCUGCCCAUUCAAAAACAAGAUCAGUCGAGCGGCUGUUCUCAGCUGCGGUUCAGGUCUCUUUGGUUUGGUUGACCAAGACCAGUCACGCUACCCAGAAUUGAUACCGGUAGACGAAGAUGAAGGCCACAUGUUAAUGUGGCUUGCAGACAAGUGGGGAUCCCCAGGUGUAUGAUAUUACUUAUGUAUGACGUCAUUUUUGAUAUUGUAUGACGUAAUUUUUAUGAUGUCAUUGUAUAACGUCAUCAAUAUCAUUGAUGAUAUCACUUGUGUGGUGUGAUUUGGGAUAUUA